AUGACUUAUACUCAAUGGAAAGAACUCUUAGAAGUAAGAAAAGAAUGGAUGGUCCUAUCUUGCAAUUGUCGCAUGUUUUACAUAAAUAAACAUAGAACUAGAGUAGUAAACUCUAACUUUCCAGAAGGUUCAGCCUUAGGCAAUGAAAAUAUUCUAUCUAAACGUG